AUGAUCUUUGAAUCAACGUGCCGCGGCAUUCCCACAAUAACGAAGCUGAAGACGCAGAAAACGGAAUCGGCUAGUCACGGCAUAAAAAUGAGUAUGAAGACGUUGCCACUGACUUAUGCACUUCCCAUGCCAUUGAGAUCCUUUGAUCCCGCCGAAUCGUUUUCAUGGAAUGGUUACCUGGGCAAAAAAGCGUGCAGUGGUGAGAGGCACUUUUCCCAUGAAAAUUGUGGGAACGCGAAGGGGUUCAUACGGAACGAGCGCAGGGCGUUUAACCAAAAUUACGUUUUAUAUGCACGAGCGGAUCAUUGCGCGCGAGACGGCCCAUGCGUAACGGCCGCGUGCAACGGUGCAUUUCCUUUUACUACUGCGGCCAGACAACGCGGACCGUAA